AUGAAUGGAUUAACCAAGUUUUCAAAUGUUCCCAGUACAAAAUGGCUCCAUUUUAACUUUGUCACUUCAAUUUAUAAUCUAUACACUAAGAACAAUACACAGCCAACCGGAGAAUUACCAAAUCCUGACCAUAAAUCAGUAUUUAAAUCUGAUGAAAAAAAGAAAAAUGAUCAUAUAUACCACUUGCCAGGCCGUUUAAUAUGUCAUUUAAACAAGCAUAAAGAAUCUUUAUUGCGUAAUGACCACUAUGAUGAUGUUACCAAGUGGGCCUACUAUGGGCUCUUUUCAGUUGUUAUACAUAAUUGGAACAGUAUACAUAAAAGAGAGAAGUUGGCUUUAAUUAACUCAAUUGUUAAGAUAAUAAGGUCAAUUUCAAAUAACCGAACGGAAAUCAACGUCAAUGACCAUAAUUUGAAUAAUUACAGAGAAUCGCUUAUAAUAUUUUUAAAGUUCAUUUUACUCUCUGACUCAAACACUUUGUCGAAAAUUAAUGGCAAAAGAUUCUAUUCCCAUGAUUAUAUUAGCAAUUGGAAAUAUUUGCAUGACUUUCUUAACGAAUGUGUUUAUGAUUUGAACAGUUUUAACGGAGUGGGAAACGGAAUAUUCAUGGAGUUAAUAAAUGAAUAUAACUAUGCAAAGGAUUUCUCAAAACUUCUCUCCAUAAUAUAUUGGGUCAAAUCCCUUAAAAUCGUUGAUAAUCAGCUGGAACCCGCCUCCAAAGCAGUGUUGAGCAGGUUUAAAUCAGUGUACACUGAAGAGUGUGAUUUAAGGGAUGUUAUUAACAUAUCAUAUUACGCAACUAAAAUUGACCCUAAGUUGUUAUCUGACGGGUUUCUUUCCCAUUGUUUAUUCAAAAGGUUUGGUAAUAAAUUUUACCAGUUGAAUGUAAUUGACUGUUAUCACCUCCUGUACUUCCUUAAAACGUAUAUUGAUUCUGGUCUUAGUAAUAAGUUAAAUUGUCUAUAUUUACCGAUGGCCUUCAAUAUUCUUGCUAAUAUACACGUUUACAUUAAUGGUGGUGAGCUGGACACACAAGAGUUGGAGGAAUUAUCAAGUAGUAUAUUCAAUGGUAAAGUCGACUUGAGUAAUCUAUUUAAAGAACAAGUGAAUGAUAAAAAAUAUUACAAAUUAAAGGUCAUAAAUGACUUGCUGAAAGAAAUUUCAGAACACUUGGGAAUUUUGGAACCCUUCUGCAUUAAAGUACACAAUGAAGUUUCUAAUAUUAUAAACUAA